UUCUAGAUCUAGAGGAGAGUUCAGCACUUGCUAGUCACUGGGCAAGGUGUCUGUGUGGGGAAAAAAGACUAUGUCCACCAUGGUGUAUCCAAGGGAGGAGAAGCUGGACAAACUGAGCCAGGAGGAGAUAAUAUCCAAUACCAAGCUGGUGAUGCAGGGGCUGGAGGCCCUCAAGAAUGAGCACAACUCCAUCCUACACAGCCUGCUAGAAACCAUCAAGUGUCUGAAGAAGGAUGAGGAGGCUAACUUAGUGCAUGAGAAAUCCAACCUGCUCCGCAAGUCGGUGGAAAUGAUUGAGCUGGGACUUGGGGAGGCUCAGGUGAUGAUGGCUCUGUCCAACCACCUGAAUGCUGUGGAAUCAGAAAAGCAGAAACUGCGCGCUCAGGUACGGAGACUGUGCCAGGAGAACCAGUGGCUGCGGGAUGAGCUGGCCAACACCCAGCAGAAGCUGCAGCGCAGUGAGCAGACUGUGGCCCAGCUAGAAGAGGAGAAGAAGCACCUGGAGUUCAUGAACCAGCUGAAGAAAUACGAUGAGGAUGUCUCCCCUUCGGAGGAGAAAGAAGGUGACUCUACCAAGGACUCUCUAGAUGAUCUGUUCCCCAAUGAGGAGGAGGAGCAUGGCCCAGGAUUGCCCCACCAGCACAGCAGUGCAGCGGCAGCAGCUCAGCAGGGUGGUUAUGAGAUUCCGGCACGCCUGCGUACCCUCCACAACCUGGUGAUUCAGUAUGCCUCACAGGGGCGUUAUGAGGUGGCUGUGCCACUCUGCAAGCAGGCACUGGAAGAUCUAGAGAAGACUUCAGGCCAUGAUCAUCCUGAUGUGGCUACCAUGCUCAACAUCCUGGCGCUUGUAUACAGGGAUCAGAAUAAAUACAAAGAGGCAGCUCAUUUGCUGAAUGAUGCACUCUCAAUUCGUGAGAAGACCCUGGGCAAAGACCACCCUGCAGUAGCAGCAACACUGAACAACCUGGCUGUUCUCUAUGGCAAAAGAGGGAAGUACAAGGAGGCAGAGCCACUGUGCAAACGAGCCCUAGAAAUCCGUGAGAAGGUCCUAGGCAAAGACCACCCGGAUGUGGCCAAGCAGCUGAACAACCUGGCGCUGCUGUGCCAGAAUCAGGGCAAAUAUGAGGAGGUUGAGUACUACUACUGUCGGGCAUUGGAGAUCUACGAGAGUUGCCUGGGCCCUGAUGACCCGAACGUGGCCAAAACCAAGAACAACCUGGCCUCCUGCUACCUUAAACAAGGCAAGUACAAGGAAGCUGAGGUGCUGUACAAGGAGAUCCUCACUCGUGCCCAUGUGAAGGAGUUUGGCUCUGUAGAUGAUGAGCACAAGCCGAUCUGGAUGCAUGCAGAGGAGAGGGAGGAGAUGAGCAAGAGCAAACACCGAGAUAGCACCCCUUAUGCUGAGUACGGUGGCUGGUACAAAGCUUGCAAGGUCAGCAGUCCAACAGUGAACACUACCUUGCGGAACCUGGGAGCAUUGUACAGGCGUCAGGGCAAGAUGGAGGCAGCAGAGACGCUGGAGGAGUGUGCCAUGCGGUCCCGGCGACAGGGCAUUGAUCCCAUUAACCAGACCAAGGUGGUGGAGAUUCUGAAGGAGGGAGAUGGUGCUGAGAAGAGGAGGAGCCGUGACAACCUUGGGGGAAAUGUCAAGUAUGAGAAUGCUGCAGACGGUAGCGAGGAAGUGAGUAUGGGCGUGGAGUGGAGUGGGGCUUAAAUGCCUCCCGAGACUCCCUCUUUCCCCUCCACUACAAUCACCUGGAUAUAUGUGUUGUACCUUCCGACUUUUCCUCCACACCAUCCCUUCUUCCACCGCUCCUGCUUUCCUCGGCAAGGACUCCACGCCAGUCCCCAACCUUCCCAGCACGCGAGGGGCACCACAGCACCUGCAGAGGAGUGCCCGACUGCAUGGGGCUCAGCUACAGUUCUCUCCACCAGCAAGAAAGCAGGAAGAAUCCACGUGGAAUUGCCUGCUCCCCUGGCCAGGGUUGGGCUAUUCCAGGGACUGGGAGGAUCCCACUCACCCCCACCUCUUGGGUCCUGUCUUUGUUUGAGGCCUGGAUGAAAGGGUCCUGCUGAUGGAAAGCAUCCCCACUCUGUGUGUACAACACACACACCCAUGGACGUGCAUCUUCCCAACCCUUCUCAGACAGCUUUCUUCUCCCUCCCUAGAAGUCAGGGAAGAAGGAGGUGCAGGCAGUGUCUCAGUCCAUAUGAGUCUCUACUGUGCUGUGUGUAGUUCCAUUUCCAUGCCUGCCCCCCCACCCCCCCCAGCUGUGUUUUGCAACUAGAAUGACCCUUAGUGUGCCUGUACCAAUGGCUGGCCCUUCCCCCAGCACCAGAUUUGGCCAGAAGCACAUGUGAGCUAAGUGGGUUGUGGCAGUAGCUUUGGCCUACCCACUCCCCUACACCUGGGCUCUGGUAGCCCCGCUGCUAUGCAGGAUGGGAAUAUGGGACUCCUUGACCAAAUACAAGGAUUGAAGCAGGUGGCAAGGCAGAGGGCUGUCUGGGGAGGAAUCACUGUGCAAGCAGUGAGGAUUGAACCCCCUCUUGCAGUAUGCCUCCAGAACAGUUGGGGCAGCAGCUAAAUGGCACAAGCUGGGACAGGGAGAUGUCUUUAGGAACAGGAACUGAUAUGUGAUUAGGAGUGCUUCUAUCUGCAGCUCAUUCAGCCCUGGCCCUUUUGCUGAGGCUAUAGGCUGGGAGAGUCCAGCUUGUGCCCUUGUGAUUCCUGGAAUUCUAAAUUUUUGGAUAUGCCCAAAGGCUAAGCA